GAUUAUGUUAAUUGGCAAUAUUCUUUAUUUUUGGCUAGGAGCUUUCAUUAGUUAUUAAUUUGCAACACGACCUUCUUUUCGUUGUCAAGCAAGAUGGCGGAUCAGACAGAGAAAGCGUUUCAGAAGCAGGCUACGGUCUUCCUCAACAAGAAGGGGGGACUGAAGAGGAAAGACAUGAGACAUUCUAAGAAUGUCGGUCUUGGUUUCAAGACUCCGCGUGAGGCGAUCGAAGGCACAUACAUCGACAAGAAGUGCCCAUUCACUGGUAACGUGUCGAUCCGUGGUCGUAUCCUCACCGGAGUGGUCCAGAAGAUGAAGAUGCAGAGGACCAUCGUCAUCAGACGUGACUACCUGCACUACCUGCCUAAGUACAAUAGAUUCGAGAAACGUCACAGAAACAUGUCGGUCCAUUUAUCUCCAUGCUUCAGGGACGUUGAACUCGGAGACAUCGUGACAAUCGGCGAGUGCCGGCCGCUCUCCAAGACCAUCCGUUUUAACGUACUCAAAGUCACGAAGGGCAAGGGCUCCAAAAAAUCCUUCAAAAAGUUCUAAAUAAACUUAUGUUUUAAGUA